CGAUUUAUAAUCCAGAAUUAGUUAACUAUAACUGCCUGUAUUUAAUUAUUAAAGAAUACAUGUAAGUUUACAUGAUAAAAUUUUUUUUAAAUACGAAAUGCGCUAAGAAAUAAUAUACGCACCUGAACUGCACUUUAACCCAAACUAAUUGUUGUGUCUCAGACUCAGGGUGCGUGUUGCGCCACUUAGGCCUCUUGUGGCUAUGCUGUAUCAUUUACUAAGGUAGCCUUUAAAUUUAAUUUCAUUUGAUUAGUCAAAUGCUUGUUUCUUAAUAAAUAUUUUACCAUUCUCCUUUUCAUUGUUUUGACUUGAAUAGUAGGCCUAAAUUCUACUUAAAGACUCAAGAGACUGAUGAGCCACAUUAACCACAUUUUUUCAGGCUGCGCUUGUGUCAAUGUUAUCAGGCUGACAAUAGUAUAAUGGAAAUUAGAUCCUGCCAACUCAUCUGCUUACAGAAAUCACAUGGAGCCAUUCUCCUUCCUGAUGGAACCCCUAUAACUAUUGGUCGGAGUCCAGAAACACGAAUCAUUGAUCCCAGAUGUUCCAGGAAUCAAGGUUUUGUCUCAUCUUCAUUGCUAUUUACAAAUAAUGUUAAAAUAAUUAUAAAAUUGCUUUUAAUCUUACUUUUUAAAUCGUCAGGGGACAGUGUUAGGAUGUUAAAGAGAAAUCUUCAAACUUGUUGUUGACUAUUGGUGUUUACUUGUAAGGACAACAACCAAAUUUCAUUUAAAAUUAUAAAUCAGGACUGUUUAAAUGUUUAAGAUUCAAGAUAACAAGUUAAUCAAUCUGUUUAAACCUGAUAAGUUUAUAACUUGAUAUUAACAGACCUUUGGAUAUUUAUUAACUAUGAAGUUCUUUUUAAAAAAACAUUCACAUUAGUAGAUGAUAUGAAAUUUUGUAUACAAACUAUUGAUACUUGGACUUUGGAAUUUCAAGCCCUCUCAUAUCUUGAAACUGUUUCUAAAAAAUCGUUACCACAACCACAUUAUCUUUAAACAAAUCUGGUUGUGAGCAUUAAAAUUACAACUAAAUAUUUAUUAUGGGUAUCUGUUGUAAUCUGGAAACCAGAUUUUGAUACCUUUUUAUCCGUAUCCGGAAAUUUGAUCGAAAGAAAUUUCGUCGACGGUAAAUUGAUCGACGGUAAUUUGAUCGAACGGAAAUUUGGUCGAAUCAAUUUUUCAGUUUUUACGUUAAAAUUUUGCUUCAAAUUUCUUUUUGAGCGCAUUAUUUUGUUUUACUAUAAAGUAUAGUGCGUUCAAAAAGAAAUUUUACGAAAAUUUUGACGUGUGAACUGAAAAAAAGAUUCGACCAAAUUGUAUGUAUUUUAUCUAAUACAUUAAAGUGUAAGUUAUUGAUUGUUAAAAGAAUAAAAAUAUAUUUUUUAUUAAAAUUAUUUUACAGUUCAGUUAACAGCUGAUUAUAAAAACUAUAAAGUGAAAGUCAAGCAGCUUGGUGCCAACAAUUCAUCAAUAGAUGGCAUUGACAUUUUACAAAAUGAAGAAGCUGACAUGGGUAAAGAUUCGAUUCUUUUUAUUUUGUCAGGUAAUUAUUUUUUUUUCUCUUUAAUGUGUUGAGUUGAUGGAAUGUACAUUAUUUGUAAACAAUAGUUUAACAGCCUUGUAUGUUACUAUGCAAUGUAACAACUUAUCAUCAUGUGGAAAUAAUAAAUAUUAUAAAAUUUGCUUUUAUUCUACAGGACAGUUCCCUCACAGAGUAAAUUUUAAUACUGAAAAUCCAAGCAAGCCUGACUCAAAUGCACAGAAAAAGUCAUCAGAUGUGACUGAAAAGAAUGUUAGUUCAGUAAAAGAAAAAGUUAACCCUGCAUCAGACGUUUCUGAAAAAAAAUUCAGUUCAGCAAAAGAAAAAGAUAACCCUUCAAAAUCAUCAUCUAAACGUCACUCUACAGAUGUGAGUGAUUAUCCUAAAAAUAAAAAAUUAAAAACUAGCAAUGGCAACUUUAACAAAGAUGAUGCGGAUAAAAAAAUAAAAACAGAGAAGAAUCAUAAUGUCAAAGUAAAGACAGAAGUACAAAUUAGCAAGAGUGAUGCAUUUAAGUCUAGCAAAGAUGAAGAUGAACAUGAAAAAGUUGUCACUGCAAAACUUGAGUUCAUUAAGGAACAAGUCAUGAAACAAAAAUCUUCUACUGCUCCUACUCAGAACAAUAAAAAGGAAAAACCAACAUCUUCACCUGCCUUACCAUCAUUGGGGAAAUCGUCAUCAGCUACAGUUGGAAAAACUUCAUCAUCUUCACCAACACCCGCUAAUGAGAAUACCUGGACCAAUCAUGAACAUCUUUAUGUGUUUACAUCAAAAGGUGUAAAGCCAAGCACUAAGGUAUUGGCAAACAUACAUUUUUUGGUCAUAUUAUUAUUAUUAUUAUUACUACAGUAAUCUUAUAUAGCACAGUACUCCAACCUUGGGCUGGGCUCAAAGCGCUUCAUAUCAAAAUAUUGGCUAAAAUAAACACAACAUUAAAACGUUAUAUACAUUUAUUUAAUUAAAAAAAACAGCUUCAUAUAAAAAAUAUAUACAUCCCCACCCCCAAAUUAUUUACAUGCCAAGCCAUGACAUUUUUUUGUAUCACAUACCUCUCUAUCCCAAAAAGAUUCAUGCAAUUGAUAAGCCUUUUAACUAUUUAUAAAUUAAGUAUAUCAUCCACGAUGGCCCAAAAAAAUUAACAAUUCUAAUUAUUUUUUUGAAAGUGUGUUGUUUUUUCUUGAAAGAAUAAUAAUUAAAGACUUUUAUAUUAAUUAGAUUGCAGCUUUUGAUCUAGAUGGGACUAUAAUUCUAACCAAGUCUGGUCGAACAUUUCCAUUGGAUAACAAUGACUGGAAGUGAGUAUUAAUUAAAUUUAAAUGAUUUUUUUUAAAAAUCCAAUGUUCGUUUGAUGUAGUUAUCAGUUGUUGUUUUCAGUUUGCAUAGUAUGAGAUGUUUUAAUAAGAUAUAUUUGUUUGAAGGUCCUAAUUGACAUUAAUGAUAUAUAUCAGACCUGCACAACUCAAAAUGUAAGGCGGGCGUAAUACUUUUAGAAAAACUUGUGUGGGCCAAAAGAAAAUAGGACAGCACUUGUGUGGGCCAAAAGAAAAAAGGACAGGGGGGGGGACCUAUUAAGAAAAUAAUAAGAAUAAAGAAUAUUUCAUUACUUCGCGGGCCGCAAAGUGGGUGCUGGCGGGCCGCAGGCUGCAUGUUGUGCAGGCCUGAUAUAUAUAUUAAAUGACAAAGUGUGGGUUAUAUCAACAUUGAUCGUAUACUAACCCUAUGAACAUCAGGAAAAAUAAAAAAUUUUUUUAUUAAUUUAAAAUGUUUUUUGGAAUUCAUGUCACACAAUUUUUUUUUUUUUUUUUUUUUAUAUUUAAAAAAAAAUUAUUUUUUUUUAAUUAUUUUUUCUUUAAAAAAAAAAAAAAAAAAAAAAAAAAAAAAUUUUUUAUUUAUUUUAAAAGGUUUUUUGGAAUUCUGUCACCAAAAUUUUUUUUUUUUUUUUUUUUUAAAUUUAAAAAAAAAUUAUUUUUUUUAGAAUAAUCUUUCCUGACGUAUUCAAUGAGCUGAAAAAGUUGAAUCAAGAUAAAUAUAAAAUUGUUAUUUUCACUAAUCAGGUAACUCUUUUUUCCUUUUCAAAAUAAAUUUCUUAAUAAUUAUAAUUACGUUUAAAAUAGUUGAAAUUAACUUAAAUUUUGUGUGAAAUAAAACUUAUAUUUUAGCCUCUUUAGUGCUGUUGUGGUCUGGGCAAUCCUGGACAUCAGUUCGGGCUUUGAGCCUUCUUCAGAGACUAUUGCUCCAAGGUAUUUGAAGCUGCCACAGUCUCUAGUCCUAUCUCCGCGACCUUAAUUUCAGUGACGAUGCCGGUGGUGCUAUUUGUCAUCAGUUUUGUCUUUUCGGCACUGAUUUACAUGCUAUAAGAUGAUGAAGUCUUGUCGAGACACUUUACUAGGUUGGCUAGCUCUUCUUGGUUCCCAGCCAGUCCAUCUAUGUCAUCCGCAAAGCGUAGGUUGGUGAUUGUUCUGACACCAAUGCUGAUUGUCACUUCAUGCGCUUCCAGAGCAUCUGACAUAAUUCUCUCUAGGAUGAUGUUGAACUGGGUGGGGGAGAGCAAGCAGCCUUGUCAUACUUCAACCGCGGUCUUGAACCAUUCUCCGAUGUUGUUGAAGAAGACUGCACUGGUAGCACCAAAAUAUGGCUGAUGCGCUCAUUAGUCCUCUCCAUUUUCCUGUAUGCCUUCGAAUCCUGGACAUUAAUAGCAGAACCUGAAAGGAAAAUAAAAGUGAUGGAGAUGAGAUGUUUCAGAAGCAUUCUUGGCAUCUGCUAUAGGGACCAUAUCUCCACUGAUCAAGUGAAAGAAAGGGUUCGUCAAGCAAUGGGGCAGUACGAUGACUUCUGGUCACUGUAAAAAAGCGCAAACUACAAUGGUAUGGCCACAUGACAAGGAAACAAGGGCUCGCCAAAGAAAUCAUGUAGGGCACAACGAGAGGAGGGAAAAGAAGAGGAAGACAAAGAAAAAGAUGGGAAGAUAACAUCAAAGAGUGGACUGGACUAAAACUAGGUGAUGCUAUGCGUAGUGCAGAAGACAGAGACGAAUGGAGGAGGAUAGUUCACUUGUCAUCCUUGGCCCCCAACAGUACAAGGUCUAACGGACAUGAUGAUGAUAAUAUGUUUGCACAAAGUCAGAAUUUUUGUAUUAUUGACUAAAACUCUUUUUUGUAUUCAGCAACCUGUUAGUUGUUUCUCUACAUCCAUUAGUAUCUGUGUUAAAUGUUUUGAAUAUUCUUAAAAUAUUUGUUCUAAAUAUACCAGAAACCUCUACUAGAUAAAGAUUUCAAAUUACAUGUAUUUAAUGAUUUAGAUGGUUCCACAACACAUUAUUCGUGAUUAAGCCACUUAAAAAUAAUAAAUUGCUAAUAAUUGUUAUUGCCAUUUUAAUAAAUUAUUCAUUCGUAUGAUCUUGCUUAGCUCGGUGUUUCUAAAGGAAAGACAAAGAUAGAUGAAUUAAAGGCAAAGAUAGAAAAUGUUGUGGCCAAGCUGCAAGUUCCAGUCCAGGUUUUUAUAGCGACACAUGAUGGGAAAUACAGAAAGCCAAGUUGUGGCAUGUGGGAAAAGUUAAAAAAUGAUGUAAGCAGACAUUUCACUCUGCUUCAGUUUUAGAGCUUUAACAUUAUGUAUGCUUAAAACUAAUGAAAUUUACCAUAAAUUCUUCAGCCAAUUUUUUAAAGUAAAAAAAUUAUUUACCAUAUCAAUUUACACUUCAUGCACUUCCAUUAUUAGAAAUUAAAGGUUGCUUUGUUAGGGUCCUUUAAUUUGUAAUGAUAUCAGUGUUGUUAAUUAAUAACUAAUCACUCACUCUUGGGGCCUGAACAAAUUCACCCUAUGUAGGCAAAAAAAUAAAGCCUUCUUUAAAAGAUGAGCAAGCAAUCUGGUAACAUUAUGAUGUGAUUCCAUUGUCAGAUCUACCAUACCUGUCAGAAUAACCUUUGUUUUUAUUUGUUUGUAUUAUGUUGUGCUGAAGUUAGCUGUUUAAAAAAUGGAUGCUGUAAAUCAGUAGGGAGCAAUCUUUGAGUCAAGACUUUUUUUCAGGUUACAAGGAUUUAAUCCCUUAUUUCAUUUUAUUUGCAACAGUGGUUUACCAUAAUACAAAUACAUUUACAUCAAAAGGAAUGUAACCUGUGCACAUAAUUUUAUAUAAUUUUAUUUUCUAGUACAAUGGAGGCAUAAAAAUUGAUAGAAAGGAAAGCUUUUAUGUCGGAGGUAAGCCAGGAAGUGAUUUUCUUUUGUGAUGCUGAAAGUCUGUCAGAAUUUAUUUAUGAAGCAAUUUUGGAUAUUUCAUAUUUAAUUUUAUUUUGGCUUGUCUCCAGAGGGAAAUGACACAUAAUUCCUCUUGGACACCCAUUUAUACCCUGGGCUUUGAAUUUUACAAAAAUUCUUGAAGAUAAAAAUAUGUAAGGUUGAUGUUAUAGAGUCCAAGAGUGAUGUGAAAUGGGAAUUUAAUUAAUAUAUAUUAAAACAAAAGUGUUACUAAUUUACACAAAACAUUUCAAUGGUUGGUGGAGCAAUUAAUCUGAUCCAAGAGUUGUUUUAUUUUUAUUCUAAGCACCAACCAAUGUACAAACUCAUAUCCACCUAGAGAAGUUAUCCCUGUAAUGUCAUAUGAUCUGUUAAAAAGGAUUCCCUUAAUUCGCAGAAACUUUUGCUUUAAUUCACAGAUGCUGCCGGAAGGCCAGCUAAUUGGGCACCUAAGAAAAAGAAAGAUUUUUCCAGUAGUGACAGACUUGUAAGUUUAUUUUACUAAUUUCCUCUUGUUGCUAAGUUUCCUCGUCAGCUGACAACACUAAAGAACUUAUCCCAAACAUGAUGGAAGUUGCAUAAACAACAGGAUGCAAUGCCUGUGAAAAUUAUAAAGCCAUGUGCCAAUGCACCUUGACCACUGACUGUUGAAAUAAGCACAGGUUAUUUUAGAAAUCUGUGUUGUCAGUUUUGCCAAGUUUAAUUUGUCUUAUUAAAAUUGAAUGGUGCUCCUUCUCAGAGCUAUUAAAAGGAGUAGAAAUUCAAAUGAAGGCAAUGUUAAGUUAUUUUGUUUCUAAUUUUGCAGUCUUCGUUUUUAAGAAUUUUUUUUUUUUAAUUUCAUUUGUUUGUUUUUUUUAAAUUUCAUUUGUUGUUUUUUUGUGUUUAGUUUGCCUUAAACAUUGACAUGGCCUUCAAGACACCUGAAGAGUAUUUCCAGAAACAAAAACCUGCUCCAUUCAUAAUGCCUGCAUUUGACCCAGUGAGUUUAAAUUACUCUUUUCUUGUAGCACGCUAACCAGAAUAUUUUCCUCCACAGAAAUUUUUGGUAGCACUUUGAAUUUUCAAAAUUAAUUUAAUUAAAAAAUAGCCUUAGUAAGUAGUUUACAUGUUUUUAAAAAGCAUAAUUUACUAACUCUUUCAUAAUAAUCUUUUUCAGAGGAAUAUAGCGUCUAAAGACCCGCUACUGUCUUCAAAAAGCAAACUUGUUGCAGAUGAGAAGGAGGUAGAGUGUAUCUUUUUAAACAUAUGUUUGUUAAUUCUUUGGCUCAAGCAUCUCACAAAAUUUGAUGGUUUGACAUCAUACAUAUUUAUUUAUAAUCCCAGUUUGGGACACUUAAAUAAUUUUUUUUUUCCUUCUCUCCUAAUAUAAUAAUGUUAAUCUGUCCUAACAUAAUAAUGUUAAUAUCUCUUAACAUAUUAAUGUUAAUCUGUCAUGACAUAAUAAUGUUAAUCUUUCUUAACAUAAUAAUGUUAAUAUGUCUUAGCAUAAUAAUGUUAAUAUCUCUUAACUUAUUAAUGUUAAUCUGUCUUGACAUAAUAAUGUUAAUCUGUCUUAACAUAUUAAUGUUAAUCUGUCUUGACAUAAUCAUGUUAAUCUGUCUUAACAUAAUAAUGUUAAUCUCUCUUAACAUAAUAAAGUAAAUCUAUCCUAACAUAAUAAAGUUAAUCUGUCUUAACAUAAUUAAAUCUGUCUUAACAUAAUAAUGUUAAUCUCUCUUAACAUAAUAACUUGAUCUGUCUUAACAUAAGCUAGAAAAAUUAAUUUGUGGAAAGGAUUUCAUUUAACUUUUAGUAUUUAAAAAUGACCAUUGUUUCUGUACUUACUUCAGGUGGUAAAUUCUAUUCAAUUUCUUUUUUUAUCUCUUGUAACAGGUGGUUGUUCUUGUUGGGUUUCCAGCCAGUAAGUUUGUUGGUUUGUUCAUUUAGCCUACAGCAUUGUUAUAAACAAUGAAAACUUUAUAUGUGAAAUCAUCUUGUAAUUGAUAUCAUGUUAGACAAUAAUAAAUGCUACAAUUCUCCAGCCAGUUAACAGAACAUAUAUUGGAUCAACAUUAGUUGAAAAUAACAUGAACUUUAUUUUAUCUUAAAUUAUAAUUUUAAUAUUUUCCGCCCUCUUAUUGUUUGCAUUUUCAAGAAAUGUUUAUUUUAGUUGUAAACAUUUUUUUUUCAGGCGGCAAGUCCUUCUUUGCUAAUGAAGUUAUGAAACCCAAAGGCUAUGUGGUUGUCAACAGGGUAAUUUUAUCCUUUAUUCCAUUGGCUUGAAACAGCCAGCAAGCUAGCUAUGCAUUUCAGUUGUACUGAAGCCACAAGUGUUUGCACUUUUUUUUAAAGCAACUUGUUUUUAUUUUACCUUGAUCUCCUAUACAAUCACGAAUUUAUCUCAUUCAUUGGAAUUAGCAUGCAUUUUUAUAUUCUCCCUAUUUAUUUUCAACAUUAACUGUCUAUCAUUACAAGCCUUAAUGACCAACACCGAUACAAAAGUAUUUUGUUACUUUUAUUUAUAUUUUAGCAUUAAUACAACAAAUGCAUCUGUCUGAACCUUCCCUAGCCAAAGUGUCUAUCAUCAUAUAAAAUAUUUAAACAAAAUUAGAUGUUAAACAUCUCCCCAAAAGCAGCACAAGUAAAAGUGUAUUGGUCCCUGGGAAGCUGAGAGAGGACAACAAUAAAUAAAAGUGUAUUGGUCCCUGGGAAGCUGAGAGAGGACAACAAUAAAUAAAAGUGUAUUGGUCCCUGGGAAGCUGAGAGAGGACAACAAUAAAUAAAAGUGUAUUGGUCCCAUUUGUAAUUGGAAAGCUGAGAGAAGACAACAAUAAAAAAUAAGUGUAUUUCAGUCAUGUCAGGGUUGAUGUAAAUACAAAGUACGUAGUGGUAUAUUAUAAAUGUAAAAAAUGUAAUGAUUUAAUUUCAAAUGAGAACUUGUAGAUGUUCCUCUAUGAAAAAUGGCUGGCAAGCUGUGUUUGGACAGCUUUGCUUUGAUGAAAGUGUCAUCUUAAACUUUUGUCAGCAUUGGCCAUUGUUAAACUUCAGAUGUAUGUUUCACAACAGGACACCCUGGGUACCUGGCAGAAGUGCGUCAAGGCUGUGACACAGUCUCUAGUGAAUUCAAGUGUGGUAGUUGACAAUACGAAUCUUUCCAAAGAUGAGAGGGCGCGGUGAGAAGCAGUCUGUGAUAUAUUAUUGUUAGUGUUAGAAUGUCUUUGUGGUGAGUAGAAGGCCAUGUGGAUAACAUGAUGGAUUUGUUGGGGUUUGUCGAUUCAGAGACUAAAAGUAGCAACUGAGAUGAAGUUCUAAACCAAAAUGGUUGGAAGACGCACAUUGCAGAUAUAUGAAGUGUACAUUAGCUCUAUUUAUGGAAGCUGAAUAAUGAAAUUUGAAAACUGGUUUUUAUUUUUCGCUCUUGCCAUGAGCAAAUUUCCAAAUGUAAACUUUGUACUUCAGUAUUUGGUAGUUAUAAUAAUUCAUUCAGCAGCGUCAAAGAUCAUUGUUAAUAUGUGACUAGAGCCGACAAAAUUAAGAUUAGGAGACUGUCACCAUCCAUGAAUGGUUUCUUACAUCAAAUUCUAUAACAUGUUCAUACAUUGUAAUCACACCGAAUUGAAAAGAAGUCCCUAUUCCAAUAACAUGUUCAUACAUUGUAAUCACACCGAAUUGAAAAGAAGUCCCUAUUCUAAUAACAUGUUCAUACAUUGUAAUCACACCAAACUGAAAAGAAGUCCCUAUUCCAAUAGCGAUGUAAACUUUAAUCCAGAAACAUAUGGCUGUGCUAUGAAUCAAACACAUGAAAAACGCAGCUUGCCUAAAGCAGAAGAAUAUUGUAUGUUAUGAACUGGAUUUGGGAGCGUGAUUGUUUGUUUAUGAAAGGUUUGGAGAGGUUUUGUGGGGGUGAGUAGUGAUUGGUCGGGUGAUGCAAGGUUAGUUCAUUCUGAGUUCAUUUGUCAGUAUGCUGUGUAUCAUAGUAGUGAGAAAGGUCCAAGUCCAAGUUUAGUCAGUGAGAUAAAAGUGAUUUGAGGAUAAGUGGCUAGUUUAUGGAAGAUUUUGUGGAGAAAAUUUUGUCAAUUGCCAGUUGCUGUGAUGAUCAAGAAUUGUUAUCCUUUCAUUGAAUGUUGAUUUUUUAUCUUAAGAGUGGACCAAGUAUGGCUGUGUGUGAAGUGAAGAGUGGGCCAAGUAUGGCUGUGUUUGAAAUGAAGAGUGGGCCAAGUAUGGCUGUGUGUGAAGUGAAGAGUGGACCAAGUAUGGCUGUGUGUGAAGUGAAGAGUGGGCCAAGUAUGGCUGUGUGUGUGAAGUGAAGAGUGGGCCAAGAAUGGCUGUGUGUGAAGUGAAGACUGGACCAAGUAUGGCUGUGUGUGAAGUGAAGAGUGGGCCAAGUAUGGCUGUGUGUGAAGUGAAGAGUGAACCACGUAUGGCUGUGUGUGUGUGUGUGAAGUGAAGAGUGAACCACGUAUGGCUGUGUGUGUGUGUGUGUGAAGUGUGGACCCGGUAUGGCUGUUGUAACAUUUGACACACACGGAAUAUCCUUAAGAAAAAGGUUAUAACAUUUUUAAGUGCAGAACUUCCAUCAGAAAUAAGAUUAUAGCAAGCAUCAUCCACUAAGUUCUCUUGUUACCUGCUAGACAAAUAGCAUGUACACCAAAGACAGACUGCAGACACAACUCACAAUUACAAUGGAAAUACAUAUUUCACAACCCUAAAGGCAUAAAAGCUUCAUUAACUAAAAUAACACACAAGACACACAAUAAAACCAUCGGUGUGCAACAAUUACUGGUGAAUACCCAUACUUGACAGUGACAGAGACUAUUGACAUUUAUUUAUUUAAGCAUGCCAUUUAAAUUAACCAUCAGUGUAUUAAAAACUAAUGAAAUGUCACAAAUUAUUCUAUUUUUAAUAGGUACGUUGAAUGUGCCAAGAAAGUACAGGUGCCAUGUCGAUGUUUUGUCUUUACAACUACCAUUGAACACUGCAGGCAUAAUGAAAAGGUAGAUAACUGGCGUCAGAAUUUAAAUUUGGUAGAGAGAAAGACAAUAAAUAUAUCUAUUUUUGAAAUCAUAUUGGCAAAAAUUUUACAAAUGAGUGUUUUAUUUCUCAACAGUUUCGACAGAUAACUGAUGAAUCUCAUGCCAAAAUAAAUGAAAUGAUCUUCAAUAAAGUCAAGUAAGAAUUUUUAGCUGGCUGUUGAUUUUAUGCUAUGUUAAACAUAAGUCUACUGUUAGUUGAUGUUUUUUGUUGUUGUUUUUUUCUUUUUUGUGGGUUUAAAUAAUUUAAAUAACAAAGUUUACUGAAUUUUAAAAAUUUGAGUUUUCCUGAAUUGUAAAGUAUUUUUAUUUUAAAUACUAAUUAUUAACUUCACUUUUGUUUCUGGCGGGCUGGAAAAAUCUUCACUAUGCUAAUUGACCCACUUCCUGUCUAUCUAUCGAGCUGAAACUUUGCACCUAGACUUGUUGCAAUGACAAAACAGUCUUUCAAAUAUUCAGCCCCACAUCCCGACCCCAACAAUCAGUUUUUCAUGUUUUUCAACGGAAAGAUGCAGGAAAUAUGAUGAGACUGAAAUAAAAUUCCAGAUAAAUGCCCUAUAUGAGAUUCCAUAAAAUAAUAUUGCAAGUGUGUUUGGUGUUUUUGUUUUUCUGAAAUGAUGAAAUAAAUUUGCAGUGUAAAAGCAGGUGGGUCAUAAGAAUAUUAACAUGGUUCAGGGCAUGAAAAAAAUGUGCAGUUGCUGGCCUUGGGGGGAGCACUAAUUGGGAUUCUUAUGCAUGUUUUGUGAUAUUUUCAGCUCCACCCCCCAUUGCAUUGCUUGAUAUUACAUUUUAUAAAGGGUUUAUACGAACAAAUUUGUGCUUAAACAACCCUUAAGCACAAAUUUUUUCGUAUAAGAAAUCUGUGAAAAAAAUAACAAUUAAACAACCCUUAAUUGUUAUUUUUUUCACAGAUUUCUUAUUUUUUACUAGAACAAGAUGAGUGUUUAACUGAAGAAGAAACAAACCUCAUUUGAUCUUAUUUUCACCUUUGAUGAUAUGUCCACAAACGUUCAGUAGAAUUAUGACUACAUUUACAGCCCAUAUUAAGCAUGCUGCACACAUUUGUUAUGACUGUCUAUGGGGCAAAAAAAAGUCUUAAUUUUUUUUUUCAGGUCGAAGUUUCAAGAGCCAAGUAUGAGUGAAGGCUUCAGUGAAAUUGUCCAAGUCAACUUUGUGCCGAAAUUUUCUUCUUCUAGUUUAGAAUCCAAGUACAGAAAAUUUCUUUUGGAGAAAUGAUCGCCGUAAACAAUUAUUUUAAAAAAUGGGAAUAGAUUUAUGUCCACGCACUAUGUUGUUCUACUCGUGAAUAAAUUAAGUUUUAAAAUGGGGCUUGAUUAAAAUGUUUGGGAAUUUUAAUUCUUAAAUAAUUUGUAUUCUGAUUAAAUUCAUAGGACUUUGAAACCAUAUCCGUUAUUAUGAAGUACUGAGAUAAAAAAGAAAUUCUCUCUUGUAGGUAUAGACAUUCCCCAGCAGUUUGUAUAUAUAGAUAAAGUACAGCAUGUAUGUCGCAGAGUUAUAAGUGCUGGAUAGGGAAGCACUUUCAUUGCCCUUCCCUCUGCCAGAACUGUUGGUCAGUUUGAGCUAUAUUCAAAUGAUUGGUCAGCAGCAGUUUACAUUCUUUACAUGCCACUUGCUAUGUUUAUACGCCACUUGCUUUGUUUAUUAUUUUACAUUCAUUUUUUAAUUUACUUUAUUAAAGGUAAGAAAAAUUAAAGUCUAGUAAAUAAUUCAAAACUUUUACGUGCAAAGAAUUAUUUUUGUUGUUGCUAAGAGUAAGUUUAGGAUGGAAAUGUUUGGAAGGUCAGUCAUUAAAAUAUGUUGUAUAGAGAAAUAUGUUGUAUAGAGUGAUGGUUAACCAUUUUUAAUGUAUCUGAGACUACUAUGUCAUAGUCAUUAAUCAUAUUAUAUAUUUUCCUGUCAUCUGUUAUGUAUUAAUAUGAUAAAUACAUUUUUUAUUGCUAUAAAAUCUCUUGAAACUUUAAACACACACAAACACCCCCCCCCCCUUCCCCCGCACACACUUUUUCUAUUCUUUAUCAAUGGCAUUGGGAAAAAUCUAGUAUUUCUUAGUACCAUAAAUUUCUGACUGAUCAAAUGUUCUAAUCUAAUAAAUAUGUAUACCUGACUUGACUUUUCUGUUAACAACUCUGAAUAGCUUAUGAACAUGGUAUAAAACAAUGCAAACAUUCUCUCUGAUAUCGAACUACUUGUAAUACUAACAUAUUGCACAGUUUUACAAAUAAACUUAAAGAAAACAUAUUUGGUGAUUUUUUAAAAAAUAAAU